GACGCAGCGCACGGAGCCCAGCGGUGCGGUCAGCGCCACUGGACCUGCAAGCUUGAAAGUGACAGAAAAAAAAAAGGAUAACGUCGACAGGAAAUGAAACCUGGGAUAACAUGAGUCACGGCUCGGUGAUGUUUCUUCAGUCUGCCGGUGGAUUUAUUAAUUCUAGCCCUGUGCCAGUCAGUGCGCCUGCCUGAAGCUGUAGGCUGCAUGGCACGUUACGAAUGGACAGAAUCAGCCGAGAUCCUUAAUGAUGCGUUAAAUCAAGCUGCUGCUAUGCUGAGAUCACUUAUCCGGACCUGUGUCACUCUACCUGGUGCUGGACCCUAGCCUACAUUCCUCUUUAUCCUUUAUCCGUAAUUGAGCGGUGGUCACCGGUGCGCCCCGAAGAGGAUGGCCGCCCGCCGCGGCUGUGUGAAUUCGCUCUGGUCGGGAACCGAGCGCGUCCGCAUCGGAGAGCGCCUCAAAGCAACGCUGGCCGGGGUGCUAGAGCUGGAGGUGCUCAGGUGCAAACACCUGGAGAUGGUAGACGCCGCUCUGGAGGAUCGAGCGCCCGUUGCCACCAACGCCGAUGAGCCACGAGCGGAGGAAGGGAGAGGAACCCCGGAAAGCGCCGCCUUGGAUGCCGAGCAUGGCUCUGCGACAUACCGCAGGCAACAGGCUCCUUCUCCCUCUAAUACUUCCUGUCAGAGCAGCCCAGAGGACUGUGGGGGUAAUUCAGGGGAUGGGGCAGCUCACCUCUCAUCAGGCAGAGUGAGUAACUCACGUUGGUCCACUCUUUCCUGGGACGCCCCAUCUGACUUGCUCUCUCCCCCAACCCCGGACCUCAAUGGCAUGGUCCCUCUAGACAGCGACUCCAGACCUAGUUCAGGUUUCUAUUCAGUGAGCGGGAGCUCCCUGUCAGACUCUUGCUACUCUGUGUCCAGUGAUGCUGCCCAUGGAGGACCGAUGGCCCCUGCCAGACCCCUGAAGCUGUGGGAGCAGGCUCCCGUGUCUGCUGACAACACUGACCUCCUGUGGUCAGAAGGUGCAGUGCAGCUGCAGCCACCUGUACUCCAGGACAGCCAAGAAGAUGCUGAACCAACAGAAGAAACACCAGUUUCUGUCCCAAAUGACCUUGAAGUAACUGGUCUGAGCUUUCUGUCUGAACUUUGCUCAGGACUUGGCGACUCCCUGAUUUCUUUCCUCCUCCCACUUCUCAACCCUUCAUCCUCCUCAUCCACCUCCUCCCAAAAUUUGAAACUUCAGCUUGAACCCCGCUACUGCACAGACCUGAUGUCCCGCCGGACCAAAGAGGUUUACUCUUACCCAAGCCCACUGCAUGCUGUUGCCCUCCAAAGCCCCCUCUUCACCACCCAGAAUCAAGAACAGUCAGCAUCUGUGAGCCCAGAAGGACACCAGCAUGAUGAACCAGUAGAGUCAAACACUGACACGACUUUGCCUCUUCAGCCUCAGCAGCCUCCCACUUUGCCCUCCUUCACGCAGUUAGAGCAGUACAUCUCUCGACUGGCUCGACAGUACCACAGUCGGGCAAAAUCCAUCUCUGAUCUCACUUCACCUGCUACCCCUGGGUCAAUCACGCACAGAGGCCUUUGCACCCCUGGCAAAACUCACGGCUCCACCCAGUCCCUCUCUGCCUUUGAGAGCCGCAGCACACCCACCACCCAGCCAGGAGUCAACAUCACACCCUCUAAGUCACUGCUAGGGAACUCAGCCAGAGUCAGCCUCAGCACCACGGGGAAAAAGGGCACCAGGAAUUCAAUCAACCUGGGAAACCUUCCUUCAGCAACAGGAGAAGACUUGAACAUAAAUCUGCAUCUCAACCUCAACUUGAAUCUGACUCCUGGUUUAAAUUCUGGUCAUAAGCUGGUGGACAAUCCCAGAAACGGAGCUCCGAGGAGAGACUUUGCUGCAAAUUCCACUGCUUCUGCCUCAUCACAUUCUGCUACGCCCACCCCGGCAAUGAGAUCACGUCCUCGCAUUUCAACUUGUCCAAGCAGCCUGAGCCACCGCAGUUCCCUUGAGGUCCCUUUGGGAUCUGGAACCAGUUCUGGGUUUGGGUCAUCAGUUUUCUGUCGUUCAUUAGACUGGAGCAGCGGUGCUCCACCUGAUACUGGACAGUCAGUGUUUGGUACGAAUGCAGGAUCAGCUCCUGGAUCUCAGCGGAGCAGCUUGAUCCAGGAGUCCAACUCCAGUCCAAAACUAAGUGAAGACUCGCCCAUGGUGGAGGAGAUCUCCCGCCUCUCUGGCCUGUCUCGAGCUGUUGUAGUCGGACUCAUGGAACAAGGUGUGGAGCUAGAUAUCGACUGCUUCCAAACAGAUACUGCAGGUGAGGUGAGAGGCCACAGUAAAACUCAUCUGACAGCCCAAACAGAUCAGUCACAUGACUAUACUAGACUAACAGACUUGAAUCCCCAGAGACCAAUACAGCUGUCUCUCAGUGUCACCCAUUCUCCACAGUCUCAGUCCAGCCUCACCCCUCCUCUCUCACACUCCAACAGCCCCAUACACCCCUACCAAUCCAUGCAUAUUCCCUCUUCCCACUACUCUUCACACUGUCACUACCAACAGACAUCUGACCUUCCCUCCUCCACAGCCUCCUCACCUGCCUCCCGCCCUACUCCACGAGGUCGCUCCCCUCCACGCCCUCUCCAACCAUCCCCCCUGGGUGCCACCCCUCUCUCUGUUUUCCGACGAGAUGCACCAUUCCAGUGCUCCCUGCCCCGCACCAAUACCAGGACCUCUCCUUUUGAGCAUGGUGGCAUGCAACCAAGAGGCGGAUCACUUCGGCAGAGUAGUGGAGGAGGUGAGGGUAACAGCAGAAGGAAGAGGGUGGAGGGCGAUGGGCUCUACAGAGGAAAGCAUGCCUCACAUAAGCUGAUCAGAGCAGCAACAGUUAGCAGUUAUGCAAGGAGAGAAGACUAUAGCUCAGUUUGGGGUGAGGAGGAAAAGUCACGAGCAGCUGCCCACACACCCAAGAAGUCCUCCAGCAAACUCUGGAGAGGCUUUGAGGGACGCCUCUGGGGCAAAGAGUCUGAAAGUGAAAGGGAGGAGAUGGACAGAGCAGAAUAUGGCUAUGGCUGGAGAAGGAACAGUAUGGGAAGCUGGAGAAGGGAGCACCGGAGGGUAAAAGCGUCUAGCAGUGGUGACAAAAGGCCAAAAGUAGACAACUCGCCCAUCUUCUCAAGGAAGAGAGGUAAAGAAGAUGGGGAGAGACGCAGCUCAAGCCUCAGGCUUUCUAGGCGGGCUCUGUUCAGGAGUGAAUCCCAGGGCUUGCUGGUACCUCGGAACCACAGUGAAGAGCCCACAAAGCGGCCACACUGGGUCUCCUCGUUGGAUGUGGGGCGUGGUGGCAUGGGAAUCAGCAAAGAUGAAGGGGUCAGACUACUGAGAGCAAAGGAGGAGGACAAACGGUUAUCUUCCACUGCCAGCCUCUUUAACCUUUCUCGUUCUCAGAGCCUAGAAGGCAGCUGCCAUUCACUCUCUCCUCUCUCCUCUCCUUCGUUUUCUCCUUCCCCCCCUCCACGGCUGCCACUCCAGCGCUCCCGAUCACUGAGGGAUUUGGGAAGAAAAGUGUUUGGCUCAAUGAGGUCACUGAGCCUCAAACAGAAAUCAUCCAAGAAGUGACUGCUGUACAAUAAGUGAAAUGCAUCUUUUGCAUUAUACAUUCAAGAUACCAGUGAAGCUUAGUAUUAUAUUUGAUGUUUAAAAUAAAGUGCCAUCAUUUUUGGAGUUUUAUGACUGACCGACAGAUACACCGGCUCUGUAAUACUGGCUAUAAGGUAUGCGCCUUUCACUCAUCUCCAAUGUGAUGAAGUUCCUCUCAGGCACAUCAUGUCUGUGAAGUUCUGUUCUUGGGUCAUUUCAUUCAUUCUAGUCUUUUUAAUGUAAAACUCUAAGCAUAGAAAUUUUUUAUAACCUCCUCAAAAAGUAUGAAAUUUCUCCAAACGCAAUCUUCAGCAUAUAUGGAGCACUUUAAAGCUCAGAGGUUUUUGUAUUAGAAAACCAUGUAUUGUAAAUUGUGCACACAGUAGCGAGAAAUAGCUAUAAGAUGCAACAUGGCCCACAGAGAAUUGCAAUACCUCCUUUCCACUGAUGUGGUGCAGGUGCUGAUCUGAAGCUACUUCUGCUUUUUUGAGAAGCAGAUUUGAGAACUGGAUGUUACACAGGAUUAUGUAUUUGAGGUGACUUUCACAGGAAGAUGAUCAUGGCUGACAGAAUCCUUUGAAUUUCUUAUGGUAGCCCCUCUGAUAGCUACUGAGUGGUUCUAUCUUUGACUCCUGCAACUUUGUGGGACUGCAGCUGUUGGCAUGAGCAAUCUUCUUUUUUUUGGGUGGGAAAUGCACGGAAGUGCUUUUAGAUUAGGCACAACAUCAAUGGAAAGGUGGCAUCAGUGAAGGAAACAUAUGUAACCCCAUAUUUUGGGGUGAAUGAUUCCUUUUAGGAUCUGUAAAGGACUACAACCCUUAUAAACCCUCAUCUUUAACAGUGUGUGAAUGCCAUCCUAAACAGGAACAGUUCUGGGACCCUGUCAUAACAGGAAAGUAGCCAUUUAAAAAUAUUGUAGUAAUAAUGGCUGUAAGAAGCUUCAAUGCAUAUGAAUGUGUAUGUGCACACUCCCCUUUUGCAUGCUGCUCUGUGACUUGUUCAGUGAUUAUAGCUAUUGUGAGAGUGUGAUAUUCCUCUUUAAUCAUGGGCAGUAUUGCCACUGAAGUACAAUCACAUUGGCCAGAUUAUGACCAAAACUAAGCAAAUACUCUUUAACUUGAUAUUUUGCUCAGGAUUUUGAAAUGAAUAUUGAAUGACUGAAGUACUGAUGAGUUAUCCAAGAUAAAUAUGUGUCUUCUCAUGGC